AUGCAGGGACUUGGCCAGAAAGGGGAGGCGAGAACUCAAAAUAAAGCCAAGGACACCAACGUCAAGCGUCAGGAACUUGGAGCUUGGGGAAGGGUGACGGGAACAGGUACCGUAACCAAGACGGGAACAGGAGAAGCGGACAGUCAAUCAAGGGGGAGGAGGGCAGAGAGUGGUGGCCAGCCAGCAAAGGGUAUUGGCGGAGGUGGUGGUGGUGGUAGGAAAAAGACGAUGAAGGGGGGGGAUGUAACGGCUCACAGAGGCAGUGUGGGAGAACGCGCAGGCACUAAAUCAGAAGAGGGCGCGUGUGUGGCAACGAGGGCGAAAAGAGAGUGGGAGACCGGGAGACCGGGAGACCAAGAAACAGAGAGCAAUGUGGACAUGGGUUGCGUAGCUGUAAUAAAGUACCCCGAAGCCCACAAAGCAUCGCUCAUCUCUACCCGUCCUGUUACUUCGCCUAUUCGCCUGUCCCGCCGGACGAAGCCCAGCGUGUACCAAACGCAGCCCAAUGCAAAUCCCGCGCAGCCAACGUGCAAGCGUCGCAAUCCUCACGGCCUCCAGCUGGAUAGGGCGCGCCCCAGGGGUGCGGGAUCGGGUUCUACAGCGGCGGAUGAGCAGACGAGAGCUCGAUGA